GUCCUGCUGCUCGUUUAGAGUUUUGGCAUGUCACAUCCACGUCUCUUGCUCAACUAUGGCAUCGGAGCAGCAACCCAUCGCACCUUGUCCGUCAACCGAGCCGUCUCCCACCCAAGACAAGAUUAAAAAUAACAUUGGCCUUCAAAUCCCUCCAAUAUCUCCAAGAAUCCGGGCUUCGACGGUCGAUUUGCCUGUAUCUCCUCUCUGCCUGCCGGCUAGUAACCCGUUCUUCCAUUCAGUAAACACUGAACGCAAAGCCGUGAACUCGCACCCAAUGCCGCUACCUGAGACAGCAGGGAACAUUUUGUUUGAUAACAGCUCGAGAAAAGGUGGACACUCCAAAACCGAUUUUGUAGCCGAUGAAAAGGAUGAGCGUGGACGAUCGGAUUCACUUUCUCACACUCACUCAGAAUUUCAUCGGAAUGCCAAAAUGCCCCAUCUAGCAACAACUCCCAAACAAAGUGGACAGAAUGAUCACGUACCUGAAACACCCCAAGAGUUGGUUCAGAUUCAGCGGGAGUUGGUGUUACUAGGGCAAUCGUUGGAUGAAGGCGUACAAAAAGUAGAAUCGGAGAAUCCCGCCGCCGAGAAAGUCGUUGUCAGUGAUGAUAUGCGUGCGGGUAACGGGCUGGUGGAAGCGGAUGACCAUGCUAUUUCCGAUAAGACGCUACGUUUGGUAAUCGGAGAGCAAGGUACUAUGCAUGGGGUAGCUUCUCCUCCCAAAGGUAUCCCACCGUCAUCCUCAGCAUCAACCCCUCGCGACCAUCAAGCAUCUUUCUCCGAUUAUCCCGGCACUGCCACGUCCAAAUCCUCACAUCCUGAUGUGUUGACUGAGUAUGCCGUGGACUCUCCGACGUACAACAAGUCGAUAGAUGAGAGCCCUGGCACUAGUUCUGCGAAACCCUUGUCAAAUGUCUCUGCAAUUGCCCGAGCAUUUGAGGCACGGGCCGCUCGGGACACCCACAAGUCAAGCGGAAAGUCCAUCCCUUCUCCAAAUGUGCAUCAUAGACCUCACGCAGUCACCAGCCCACACAAGCAAGAGAGUGAUAGCAAUGGAUCUCCUGAAACAACUCAACCUGCGCUUCCACAACAGAAUACCCAUUCUGCAAUGCUCACAUCCCAAAGAGACAAAGGAGAGCCCUUGGAUGAGGUGGUCAGGACUAUUGACCAACACGAGGAUGCACCUCUUGCUUCCGCUACGAGUCCGUCAGGUACCGAUGUCAGCAUGGAUGAACCGUCUACUCCACGUGAAGUCGAUAGCAAACGACAGUCUGCAACGAGCACUAUCCCUCUCGCAGGGUCCAGUAUAGCAUCACCCACUUCCCCAGCAAGUGUAACGAUCAUAAAUGUUUUACCAUUUGCCCGGCGUUCAUCAAUCGUCAGAGUCCCCUGCGAUCCUGCGAGUAAAGACAUUUGUGAGGCAAAAGAACCACCAGAUCAAGGUGCGAGGGUAAAUGACAGUAAAGCGAAUGAGGGCCGGACGGAAACCCAAGACCUCCUACCCAACCUUCCCGUACGGUCCAAUGCCGCUCACAAUGGGAGACCGCCGCGAUUGCCGGAUUUUCGCUUCUCAAAUAUACCACUUAGUACGAAACUCAAUCUUUCUCUUUCACCUCGUGCCUCUGUUAUUGAGGCCGUGCCGGAUAUAUCUGAAGACCCUCCGGUAUCCGAAACAUUGCCCACAUCCGCAGCUCGUGUUCUUGAGUGUGCCUGUCUUGCGAUAUCGUCCACUCAUGAAGGGGCUGACCACGAGGGUAUGGAAAAAGGAUCCCAUCCGCUAGCAAAGUCUAUCUCUCUUGGAAGUGUCGGAUCAGCUGCAAGUGGUAAUGAAGAUGACAUAUAUGAUCUCAAAAUUUCCACGCGGUUUCAUGAUACCGAAUGUACCUUCAGUCUUCAAAAGAAUCGACUCGUUUGUACGGAUGCGAAAGGCAAACGAGUGUCAAGGCACUUUCCAUUACAUCUUUCACGUGUCCUCAUAUCUGCCUUUCAAGGGAAGAAUAUCGUUAUUCUGGCUGCUCCUCACAGAAAGUACAAAUCGGGACCAAAAUUGCGACAAAUCCCUUUGCAAUGCGCGGACGAAAUUGCUUCAGAGGAAUGGGUGCGAAGAUUCAACUGGGUUGUUUGCAAUGGCAAUUUUGAUCAAAUUGUGAAUUACAAGGCCGUGCUGAUCAUUGAUGAAACAGACGAAAAGCAUUUAAGAGCCAUGAUUGACAAGUAUGUCGCACCCAUCUUGCAGUGCGUCGGAAAGGAGUUCGAAACAAUAGCAAUAAGCCCGCACCCGGAUCAUCUCCCUAAAGUCGAUUUUCAAGUUACAAACUUUGCAGCAUACUUGACCCGUAAGGAUGCACCGUCACGAGACUUUGAAGGCACCUUGUUGAAAAAUGCUCUAGCAGUCCGAAGUACCAUGGAUGAAGUGAACCUUCUCACACGCCAGGAGGCUAUUGAUCCAGUUGACUUUGCUUUGAUGAUCAUUAAAGAGCCAUUACCAACAGGUCAAUCAUGUAUUGCUGGGUUUCAGCUUAAGCGUGCCCACACGACUGUUGGAGGGUUUGUGAAAAUGAUGAGAAAAAUUUAGUAUGAUUUUUUGGUUUUGGGUACAUAUUAGGAGAUUGUUACUGAGCUGCUACAUCGGGAAACGAUAGAGUCAAUAAUAUUGAAUGACCCAUCAACG